AUCUUCCUAUCAAGAGUUGAAUUUUGCGACAAAGAAAUGGAUCGUCUUCCCUUCUGAUACCGUAAGCUCUGGGAAUUAGUGAAAGCAGGAAAAUGCGCACUGCGACUCAGCGGCUAGAUCUCGUCAGUCCAGCAGAAGUGGUGAAAUCACCAGUUUGAAGAGGAAAAGAACAAGAAAAGAACAAGAGGGAAAAACAUAUGGAUAUAAUUGCUCACAUCCUGAGCUUUCUGUUGAUGUCACAUUCGUGGGGGUUGGGCUAACAGAGCACUUGGACUUUGAGGUGUGGCACUUGGUGUGAUCUUCUGGUGCUGCAGCCCACCUGCUUCAAGGUUUGACGUAUUGCGUGUUCAGAGAUGCUCUUUUGCAGACCUUGGUUAUGAAAAGUUAUUUAAGUUAUUGCUGCCUUCCCACACUCAAAAAAGUGAAAUAGGUGGCAGUAAGAAGAGGAUUGAAGUGCUUCAGACUACGCAUGUGCAAACUCUAUCUCUUUUUCGCUGCUUUUUUGGUGGUUAAGCAUGCGGUGAAGUUGCUAAGUGCUAACGGUAUUCAUUUUCCGACUUGAGAGAGUAAUCCUGUUGCAAUUUUUCAGGUCCUGAUUUGAUUGAGUGAGUCCUGAUUCUUGCUUCCACCUGCCUGCUCAUUGCACUGUAUAACAGACUGACGCAUUUGGAUGAUGGCUGCACCAGUAAAACUGUGGAUUAUCCUUGGUUCCAAAAAUGCUGAAAAACUGACCAUAGAAUCAGGCUUGCCAGCAUCUGUUGAGGAUCUUACAAAUGAGAUCAAACAUCAGUUUGAUAUAGAGGGGGACAUUAGACUCCAGUACAUGGACAGUGACUUUGACAACGAGUUUGUUAACCUUAACCAAAUUUGUGACAUUCAAGACAAGAGCACCGUUCUCAUCUUCUGACACAAUAAUACUCUCCUCUGAUUCAGAAUCUCCUCGAUCAUCACAUUGGCCGACAGAAUUCCAAAUUCCAAAGUUUUCAUAUGACGUGGAGAUGCAACUUCGAAGUGCAAACCAGGACUUCAUAUCAAAUGGAGUUCUUCUGACACCCGGUCAUAAACUUAAAUCAGACAUCUUGGAAAGUCUGGCUCAGGAAAUCAUCAAGUUCAAGGCAUAUCCCUCAAACUUGGAAAUUGAAUCUGUUGCUGAAGCUUUGAUCAAAGCACAUCCAUGUUUGAGAGAACAGGGAUCCUUCAGUGGUUUCUACGGCUGGAAAAUAAGCCUUAAGUAUAAGAUGGCAAACUACAGGACAAAACUUAGAAAGUUGGGGUGCCCAGAACUGAGCAUCAAUUCCCUCAAGCACAAACCUGCAGAUAGAUGUCAGCCUGCCUACGAUGUCAAAAAACCGAGGAAAGCCGAAGUAAAUUUUUGUCCUCCCUAUCCUGCUGGAGAGACCCAGGACAGCCUUGAAGGGGAAAGAUUGGCGUUGUUAUCUGAGGUCAAGAAGAGACAUAAUGAUAAAGUUAUCAAAGAAAAGAUGGCUAAGACGUUCGCAUACAGAAGGCAGGAGGUUGUCAGAGACAAGCCCAUGAUGGCAGAGUUCAAGAUCAGAUGGCCAGGACUGUUCACUGUGGCAGAGGUGGAAGCAGAAUUUGUGAGGAUCACUACUGCCCCCCUUGUCUCAAAGUUCCAUGCACAGCUUGACCAACCCAGCUCAUCAAAGUGUUCCAAGAAGAAAGGAGGCUUUGCAGGGACUAACAUUAGCAGGAGUUUGAUCCCAAUCACACAGAAUGAAAGUAUUGAAAAGAGGAGGGGGUGCAUCCUGAGGGCGCUUUGUAUCUACCUCAACGAAGACCCGAACAUCCUCUUCAAAGAAUACCUGGAUACUGAUGGUACGGCUGUAGAGAGAACCUCAGUUAUCCUAAGGAACUGAGGUACUUCUUUGAAGUACUUCAAAAGCUCUUCCUUCAACUGGAUGCUGGCAAACUUUCACCCAAGGUACAGAUGCUCAAGAACAAACUGUUUGAAUGAACCAAACAUUGAUUUGAAUGCUCUGGUAAAAAGAAAAAGUUGAUGCAAUUUUUUUUCCCUUCCACACUACUAAAUUAAAGCAUGUGUGUUGUUAUAGUUUGACCAUUAUGCUGUCUCCAAAAAAAAAAAAGAACUACAAGCUUCUUAUAUUGUUAUAUAAUAGUAUUGGCAAAUUGGAUGUUUUGUAGGAUGUUACAUUUGUUUAUGCUGCAUCAAGGUGGUUUAUAAUUGUUAAUAUUGGGUAACAAUGCUGCAACACAAGUUGACAUGUUUGAUAACAUAAUUACAUUUCAAGAUAGUCCCUCUACAAUAUUAAAAUGAAAGUUGACAACGUGUUGUUAUGGUUGAUAUGGUUAGAUUAUUAUGUUGUUAGAAAAAAGAGAACUGCCUGUACAAAGCCUGUUCUAUUGUUGGAAUGCAUAAAUGCUGUUUACAACUGUUGGUGUCGAACCGCUGCACCCUAAUGUCUGCUAAGGGUUAUAUUUUAGACCAAGUGGCAGCAAAAUGUUAAAUGAAUAUUAGUGAAUAAAGGAAAUAACAAAAUAUGUUGGUUGUAUGAAAUUCAU